GUGUGUGUGUGUGUGUGUGUGUGUGUGUGUGUGUGUGUGUGUGUGUGUGUGUGUGUGUGUGCUUAUAUAUAUAUAUAUAUAUUACUACAUAUUUUGGUGUGUAAUACGACUCGGGCAUGUUCUUGACAGGUUUCCUGAGAUUAAUCUGCACAGUUUACAUGAACUUGUACUAAAUAGGAACAUGUCAAGGUUCUAAUCUGUAUUUGUUAGUAACACAAUGCAGACUUUGAAGCGGGUGGAGACACCAGGGUCUUUCUUUCCUCCUUGGGGGUGGAGGGAUUGUUUUAAGACAGUCUGGUUGAGCAUAUAGAACUAAAUUCAGCUGAGAGACACCGGUGGGUUUGGCUUUGCGCGCAUUACGCGCUGCGAGUGAAAUCUGAUGCGGGUAUAAAAGGCAGUGACUGGCUCUGAGCGAAACCAGACACAAUCGAGGGACACAUCUGGAGAUGCGCACUCUUAUAGGUUGCGCAUGUUUCUAUCUAAACAGAAACUACUUAGAAAUUGCUAAUAAGUCAUUUCGCUGAUCAAGGCUGCAAUGGUGAUUAUAUGGAUCAUUUCUUGUGGGGUUUACGUCUACAAUCUGUUACCAGAUCAUAUAUUUAACCACUAGGCUAAACCAGCCCUCACUGCUCCUGCUCAGGCGUCGUUUGGAACGGAGGAGCGCGCAACAGGACACCGGCGUUUCCAUUUACGCACGGGGAUUCGCACCUUUUAACGCGUUGGACUGCUAUAGAUUUGAAUGAAUUGCACAAUGGGGCACCUGAGCAACACAUCUGCAUCUAUAAAUUCCACCGACCCGUUCGGCCGAGACGAAGAAGUCGCCAAAAUCGAGAUCGCGGUCCUGAGCGUCACGUUCGUGGUGGCCGUGAUCGGAAACUGCAGUGUCCUUGUGACCAUACACAACACGAAGAAAAAGACUUCACGCAUGCAUCUGUUCAUUAAACACCUCAGCCUGGCCGACCUGGUAGUCGCGUUUUUCCAGGUGUUACCACAGUUAUGUUGGGAAAUAACAUUCCGUUUUUACGGACCGGACUUUCUGUGUCGGAUCGUGAAGCACCUGCAGGUGAUGGGCAUGUUCGCAUCCGCCUACAUGAUGGUUAUGAUGACUCUAGACCGCUAUAUCGCCAUCUGCCACCCGCUGAAGACCCUCCAGCAGUCCACGCGGAGGUCCCGCAUCAUGAUCGGCGGCACUUGGGUCAUCAGUCUGAUCCUCAGCACCCCUCAGUACUUCAUCUUCUCCCUCAGUGAGAUCCAGAACGGGUCUGAGGUGUACGACUGCUGGGCGCACUUCAUCCAGCCGUGGGGAGUCCAGGCGUACAUCACCUGGAUCACAGUGGGGAUAUUCCUGAUCCCAGUGAUCAUAUUAAUGACCAGUUAUGGAUUCAUAUGUCACAGCAUCAGGAAGAACAUCAGAUGUAAAACUGCAAAGACGCUGGCGGAUGGCGCGUGUAAGAGCGGGUUGGUGGGGAAGAACUCGGUCAGCAGUGUGAGCGUCAUAUCCAGAGCGAAAAUAAGGACCGUCAAAAUGACUUUUGUGAUCGUUCUGGCUUACAUCAUCUGCUGGGCGCCGUUUUUCAUCGUGCAGAUGUGGUCGGUGUGGGACAAGAACUUCAACUGGGAUGAUUCAGAGAAUACGGCCGUCACUCUGUCGGCGCUCCUCGCCAGUCUGAACAGCUGCUGUAACCCGUGGAUUUACAUGAUCUUUAGUGGGCAUCUCCUGCAUGAUUUCACCCACUGCUUUCCCUGCUGUCACAACCUCCCCCAGAGUUUCAGGAAAGAAGUCUCGGACAGCAGUAUACAGAGAAAGACCCUAUUCACUAAAAUCACCAAUCGCAGCCCCACCUGCAGCUCAGGCAACUGGAAAGAGUUUGACCAUUCCCUGAAAUCCGACAGGUCGACUCUGGAAACGUGAUGCA